GCUCCACAGCUCCCUCCUGGAGGCGCUGCUUCUCGCUCAAUCCCCCCACCCACCCCGCCAACAGGUGGUGAAGUCGAAGGGGAGGAAAGCACGUCUGUGUAAAUCCGCCCCAGGGGAGGGGGACUGGACGCGUUCCAUGAAGCAGGUGUAAUCCACCGAGGAGACCUCUUGGCGCGGUGAGCUGAGUGCGUAUAGUGCGCCGGUCUGCGUGCCUCGAUCCCCCAUCGACAUAAACCGAAUGGAAGGGAAGUCGUGAUGAAGGCUGACCAAAUCUGGAUGCACAGUGGGGAUACUUUCAUGUCUCCCAAAAAAAACGAGAUGGCAGAAGAAGAAGAAGUAGGCAGACUGGACUGAGAACCGAGAGAGAGAGAGAGAGAGAGAGAGAGAGAGAGAGAGACGGACUGGCAUCCACAAGGCACUCCACACGUUGACGGUCUUCAUGCAGAUCCACACUGCAGCUUUCACAUUUGGGGAGGCCGAGAUCUACUUCAAGAUCAACAUCAACUGCAUCGACCCGCUGGGCCGCACGGCCCUGCUGAUCGCCAUCGAGAACGAGAACCUGGAGAUCAUCGAGCUCUUGCUGAGCUUCAGCGUCUACGUCGGCGACGCCCUGCUGCACGCCAUCCGAAAGGAAGUGGUGGGAGCGGUGGAGCUGCUGCUCAAUCACAAGAAGCCCAGUGGUGGCAUGCAGGUUCCUCCUAUCUUAUUGGACAGGCAGUUCUCUGACUUCACCCCUGACAUCACUCCCAUCAUCCUCGCCGCGCACACCAACAACUAUGAAAUCAUCAAGCUUCUGGUGCAGAAAGGUGUUUCCAUGCCGCAGCCUCAUGAGGUGCGCUGUAACUGUGUGGAGUGUGUGUCCAGCUCAGACGUGGACAGCCUGCGGCACUCGCGCUCCCGCCUCAAUAUCUACAAAGCGCUGUCAAGUCCCUCGCUAAUUGCGCUCUCCAGCGAGGACCCCUUCCUCACGGCGUUCAGGCUCAGCUGGGAGCUGCAGGAGCUCAGCAAGGUGGAGAAUGAGUUCAAAUCCGAGUACGAGGAGCUGUCCCAGCAGUGUAAACAGUUUGCCAAGGACCUGCUGGACCAGACCAGAAGCUCCAGAGAGCUGGAGAUGGUCCUCAACUACAAAGACGACAUCAACUUAUUGGAUGAAGAGGGCAACAACGACCUGGCAAGACUCAAACUAGCGAUCAAGUACUACCAGAAAGAGUUUGUAGCUCAGCCAAACUGCCAGCAGCUCUUGGCGUCCCGGUGGUACGACGAGUUCCCGGGCUGGAGGCGACGCCACUGGGCCGGGAAGUUGAUCACCUGCGUCUUCAUCGGCCUCCUCUACCCCUUGUUUGCUCUCUGGUACCUCAUCGCUCCCAAGAGUCGCCACGGCCUCUUCAUCCGCAAGCCCUUCAUCAAGUUCAUCUGCCACACGGCGUCCUACCUGACCUUCCUGUUCCUGCUGCUGCUCGCCUCCCAGCACGUCGUCACCACGGAGCAGGACCGGCAGGACCUGCAGGGCCCCGCCCCGACCACCGUGGAGUGGAUGAUCCUCCCCUGGGUGCUGGGAUUCAUCUGGGCAGAGAUCAAACAAAUGUGGGAUGGUGGUUUCCAAGACUACGUCCACGACUGGUGGAACCUGAUGGACUUUGUCAUGAACUCUCUUUACCUGGCCACCAUCUCCCUGAAGAUCGUAGCCUACACCAAGUACAGUGGUAGUAAACCGAGGAACCAGUGGGAGAUGUGGCACCCGACACUAGUAGCAGAGGCGGUGUUCGCCAUAGCAAACAUUUUCAGUUCCCUGCGCCUCAUCUCGCUGUUCACAGCCAACUCUCACCUGGGGCCGCUGCAGAUCUCACUGGGGCGAAUGCUGCUGGACAUCCUGAAGUUCCUCUUCAUCUACUGUCUGGUCCUACUUGCGUUUGCUAACGGGCUGAACCAGCUGUACUUUUACUACGAGACCAAGGCUUCGGAUGAGAAGGGGAAAUGCAAAGGCAUCCGCUGCGUGGAGCAGAAUAACGCUUUCUCCACGUUAUUUGAGACCCUGCAGUCUCUCUUCUGGUCAAUCUUUGGCCUGAUCAGCCUCUACGUGACCAACGUGGACGCCGACCAUCAGUUCACGGAGUUCGUCGGCGCCACCAUGUUCGGCACCUACAACAUCAUCUCGCUGGUGGUGCUCCUGAACAUGCUCAUAGCCAUGAUGAACAACUCCUACCAGCACAUUGCUGAUCACGCCGACAUCGAGUGGAAGUUUGCCAGGACCAAGCUGUGGAUGAGUUACUUUGAAGAAGGGGCCACCCUGCCAGCGCCGUUCAACAUUAUCCCCAGCCCCAAAUCAUUCUGGUACCUCAUAGGCUGGAUCAAGAGACAAGUGUGCAAGAGGGCCAGAGCCAAGCGCCCGGAGACCUUCGGGAGUCUCGGAAGGCGAGCGGCGGAGAACGUGAGGGUGAACCAUCAGUACCAGGAGGUGCUGAGGAACUUGGUGAAGCGUUAUGUGGCCGCAAUGAUCAGAGAUGCUAAGACAGAAGAAGGCCUGACUGAGGAGAACUUCAAGGAGCUGAAACAAGAUAUCUCCAGUUUCCGUUACGAGGUGAUGGGCAUGGUGAAGACAGGGAAGCCCGCUCUUCAGGAGGCAAAGGCCAGCGGGAGCUCGGUGAAGUCCAGUCGGGCUUCCCCCAACUCCUCGCUGAAGGUUUCUCCCUCGCCCCAGAGCAGCCAGGCCAAAAGCAAACUCAACCGCUUCAAGCUCAUCACGUCCAUCCUGAAGCAGGGCGGCUCCACAGCUUCGCCCCGGCCUCCUGAAAGCGGCCUGCUCAACGAACUCGGGGUCUCCGAUGAGAGCUCCAGCAAAAGCCCGAGGGUGAAUUCCCCCAAAGAUACCGCUGACUUUGGCUCGUUCCAGAAACGCCACUGGAGUGGAAAUGAAGCCGCAUUAGGCGCAGGAGAGCUCUCCAGAGACAUGUACUCCUUGUCAGAGGAGGCAGGGGAGUCCGACGCGGAGCAGCGGGACAAAGAGCAUCGGCCCAGCGGUACGGAUGAAGAGGAGCUCCCGCGGACGGAAGAGAAGGAGGAAGCGGCAGCGAACGAAAAUAAUGAUGAAUCAAAGAGCAACGGUAACUCCGAUGAAGGUGGGCAAAAAGAAACCGAGGAAAAGGAUGAAGAGAGUUCAUCAUGCGGAGACUCUGCAGCCGGGGGAUGUUUGUCAGUCUCGUCCAGAGAGGACGCAUAAACGUGGAUAUAUAACGUAAUGCUGCACCGAAGAAAAAGAGAGAGAGAGAGACAAUCGAUGUGAGUUUGAGUCUGAAUUUUUCCAGUUAUUACCAAACUAAUGAUCAGAUUUGAUCUUUGGAGACUCGGGAAAAGCUUUUGGGUUCAGUGUUUUUAAAUGCAGUUAUAUAAGGAGUGGAGAGGCAGCGAACGGUAAACUGAGCUCGGUGGGAGCGUAGCAAGGAUUUAGAUUUUUGGAUAAAGUCAUCUUAUUGCAUUGGAAAGUAAUUAUUUCCUGAAAAACGGAUCAUUUUUAACCGUUCUCUCUUUCUCUCUCUCCAUCCCUGUCACUUAUCUAACAUGUGCCCUUCUUUCCAAGUUCCUUCAUCGGUCUCUCUCUACCUCUUUUCCUUCCCCUCCUUGAUCUCUUGGCCGCUUAACUCCGCCCAUCCUUAUUGAGCAAUAGAUGUGUAGUGUGUUAGACCCGACUCUCUGCCUUACUCUGUCUGUUUCUGCACUUUACACGAGCAUACGGUAUCACAGAGCUCUGAUCAUGCAGCAACAAUUCUGUCAAUGUUUUUUCUAUGCAAAACCUGGGAUUGGGAUUUUCAUCUUUCGGGAAAGAGGACAGCGGCACAUUUAACGGUGACGGUUCCAAGUAUUCUCGUACGUGAAGUUGAAUGUGGCCGAUGAAGAAUAAUGGGAAAUACACAAUAUGAACACAAACUAUCAACCGUUUAAAGCGACAUAAUCUUGAUGUUUUAUCACUCCCACUGAAAAUAAACGUGUUAUUUUGAGAGAUUUGCUUGUUUUUAACUGGUACCUUUUAGAUGUCAUAUUAGUUUGAAUGAAUGAUGUUAUAUAAAUUAAAAUAUAGAUCAAAUAUACUCUUUA